AUGUCGUCGCACGUGCUGAAUCGCUCCCACCUCCUUCUCUCCCGCUCCCGCAGCACGGUCGCCGCUGCCGCCGCCACCGCCUCUCGCCACUCUGCGUGGCAGGGCACCCAGGCGGUGCCGGCCGACCCGAUCCUCGGACUCGUCGCCGCCUUCAAGGCGGACGCCGCUCCGCGAAAGGUGAACCUGGCGCAGGGAGCCUUCCGCACGGACGAGGGGCUGCCACUUGUCCUGCCGUCGGUGGUGGAGGCGGAGAGGCGCGUGAGCUCCGCGCUCGCCAGCGGCGCCAUCGACAAGGAGUACCUCCCGAUCGAGGGCGAUGCCACCUUCCGCACACUUUCGGCGAAGCUCAUCUUUGGCGACGAGAGCGCUGCGCUGGCGGAGGGCCGCUGCGCCACGCUGCAGACCCUCUCCGGCACCGGCGCUGUGAGCGUUGCCGCCGCCGCGCUCUGCCGGAUGGCGGGCGCGCGGACCAUCCACGUGCCGGACCCAUCGUGGGGGAACCACGGGCACAUCUUCAGGAGCGCCGGGCUCGAGGUGCAGAACUACGCCUACCUGGACCACCGCACAGGCACCACACUCGACUUUGACGGCAUGCGCGCCGCACUCAGCGGCCUGCCUCGCGGCUCCGUGGUGCUGCUGCACGCCUGCGCGCACAACCCGACCGGAAUCGACCCAUCCGGAGAGCAGUGGCAGGAGCUGGCCGCGCUCUUCGCGGGUCGCGGGCUUGUCGCGCUCUUCGACUCUGCCUACCAGGGCUACGCGAGCGGCGACCUCGACGCCGACGCCGCCUCGGUGCGCGCCUUUGAGGCGGCGGGCGUCCUCCCGGUGGCGUGCCAGUCAUACGCGAAGUCGCUCGGCCUAUACGGCGAGCGGAUUGGCGCGGUCAACUUCGUGUGCGCGUCGCGCGAAGAGGCGGAGGCGGUGCUGAGCACCGUCAAGCAGACCAUCGUGCGCCCCGCCUACUCGUCGCCGCCGCUGCACGGCGCACGCCUUGCGGCCGAGGCGCUCGCCCCCUCGACAGCGUCGGUCUCGGCACCCGCCGGAGGCAGCACGCCCCUCUCCCCCCGCCGGCAGGUACUCGGCGACGCGGCGCUCUUUGCGCAGUGGCGCGGCGAGCUGCGUGGGAUGGCGAAUCGCGUGCACCGCAUGCGCGUGCUGCUGGCGGACGCGCUGCGCGCCGAGGGCGCGCCCUCGCCCGACGGCGGCGAUUGGGGCCACGUCGUCGACCAGAUCGGCAUGUUUGCGUACACGGGGCUGAGCGCGAGCCACGUGGAUUCGCUGCGCGAGAGGCGCCACGUCUACCUCACCCGCGACGGCCGCAUGUCGAUGGCGGCAAUGAAGCCGGCCGACAUUGAGUACGUUGCGCGGGCGGUGCGCUCCGUGUUGGCGGAGUGAGUGCCGGAUGGAGAGCGGGAGGCAUCCGGCCAGGAAGCAGGACGUCGAUCGUGAUUGGCCUUCACAUCACCGCAAGCCGGCGCGAUACUCCCCACGAGGUUGUACGUGCGUAACCGCAACCGCGCAACGUACAAAUGCUCUUGUUACGCGCACCGGGGCUU